AUGGAUCUGUCGCAAGUUAGCAGCGCAGACCUUCAAAAGGCUCUCGAGCCCAUCUCUAUUCCCACCGCCUCCCCCAAGGCGACCUUUCAAAAUUGGGCCAAAACAUUCCGAUGUCGUCCAGCUCGGGUCUUUGCCCCGACCACCACGCUGCAAUGCCGCCAGAUCCUGGAGAUGGGGCGGAGGGAAGGGGCUAGGAUACAUCCUGUAGGCGUGGGACACUCGCCGAGUGAUCUGGCGUGUACGAACGGGUGGCUAGUCCGCAUGGAAGGUGUGACGGGGCUGAAGACCAUCGAUGUGGAAAAGUCCACCGCCACCUUCUAUUCGGGGACCGUCCUGCAUGAUGUGCACAAGCUACUCGAGGCGCAGCAACCCCCGAUGGCACUCCCCAACAUCGGCUCGAUCUCGGAUCAGACCAUCGGCGGCCUCAUCUCGACUGCAUCGCAUGGGUCCGGCCUCACCUUUCCCGUCCUCUCCGCCCACGUCCAGUCGCUAGUCCUCGCCCUUCCUCACGCCGGUGCACCCAUCGUUCGGGUCUCCAGGACAGAAGACCCCGAUCUCUUCACGGCGAGCUUGUGCGGGUUGGGUGCGACGGGUUUAAUACUGAAAGUAGAAGUGGAGGUUGAGCCAGCGUUCAGGCUGAGGGAGAUCAAGACGGCUUUGCCGGUGGACCAGGUGCUGGGUCAUCUGGACGAGAUCAAGGGGAGUGCCGAACACGUCAGGGUGUGGUGGUAUCCCGAUGGCAAGGGGAUGGUCGUGGCGAGAGCAAACAGGACAUACGAGCCCGCCCAACCUGUCGCGUCCUUCAUGGCCGUCCUCCUCGGCUACCAUCUCACCCAAUUCUUCCUCUUCUGCUCCCGGAUAUUCCCCUCCCUCACCUCGCUGGUCGGUCGAUGGGCAUGGUGGUUGGCCAAUGUCAACAGCGAGGUCGUAAAUGACGGGCACAAGGUGCUGAAUUUUGAUUGCUUGUUUCCUCAGUAUGCGCUCGAAUGGGCGAUCCCCUCGGAAAACACCGAAGCCUGUCUGGCAGAAAUGCGCGAAUGGCUCGACCGAGAAGCGGCCGACCCCAAGGGUCUCCGCGCACACUUUCCCAUUGAGAUCAGAUGGUCGUGCAAGGAUGACAUUUGGCUCAGUCCCAGUCAGGGCAGGGAGACGUGCUGGAUUGGUCUCGUCACUUUCCGCCCGUACGGCCUUGCCGUUCCCUAUCGAAAACUCCACACCAAAUUUGCCGACGUUCUCAUCAAGUACGGCGGCAGACCGCACUGGGCCAAAGAGCACGAGCUUCGGCCAAAAGAGAUCGAGGCGCUGUACCCCGACUUCAACAAGUUCAGGGAGGUGUUGGAUAGGGUGGACCCGGUUGGGGUGAUGCGGAGCGAGUAUGUCAGGCGGCACGUGGAUGGCGAGGAGGAGAUUGCCGGGCCCGUUCCGGCGUGUGAUUUUGCUCGCCGCUCCUAA